AUGGAGCGAUAUUGGUCCACGGAGCAGACUGUUCCGUUCUCGUGGGUCCAAGUGACAUCCGGCUUCUGGUCCAAGUACCCGAAUCCCCACAGUGAGCAUGUUUUUAGUGAAGACUUUGUCGAGAUCCGGAUUCUGCCCAAUGGACAUCUCUACACCAAGCGGUUCUUGACGAAAACCAAUAAACUACCCAGCUGGGGUCAACACUUCUUUUCCACCCGGAAUGUGCCCGUGGUGGAAGAAGUGAUUGUAGACCCCCAUCAGCGAACCAUGACCACGUACACGAGGAAUAUUGGGCUACGAUACUUUAUGGGCACGACCCAAAAAGAGGUGAUCUGUCCGGAUCCGGUGGAUGCUCAUCAGACCCGUCUCAAGAAGGAGGUCUGGAUCAAUUCGGACAUGUAUGGUUUCCGAAGUGCCAUCAAGAAGUUUGGCAUUGAUCGCUUCAAGAAGAAUUGUGCGAGUGCCACCCAAGGUUUCGAGUGGGUUUUGAGACGGACUUAUGGCAAGGGUUCUCAAGUGAUCCGAAAUGACGAUUUGGGGCAUCGGAAUGGCCUCGUGGGCCAUCGACCCAACGGGACGUUGAGAUGUGAUCUAAACUCUUCAUGACUAGAUCCGAAAGUUAUAUAAUGAGAGGGGUUUGCUCGCAUCCUCUCGAAACAGAUGUCAAAUUCAUGCAGGAUCGUAUUAUCGUCAACCACGUCAUUUAUCGGGCCAUGAAAGUCCGUGGAACAUAAUUGAAUGAUGAGGCCAUUAACAAAUUCAGCCGUACGUUUGAAA